GCCAUGGAGUGCGGGGCCCUGUCGCUGCUCGGCUCCGUCACCGCCUUACGGUUGGUGGGAGACUUCGUCCUCUCAGGUGAAGGAGCCUGUGUGUCACUCCAUGCCCAGAACUCGACAAAUGGCCACGGCAAGAAACUUUCGUGCAACGUGCUGCGGAAUUACAGCGUCCACGGGAUCGAGCCCCGCCACGCUGCAUGUGGGCCCACCUUGUUGGCCGUGUUCGGAGGAAAGGGGGUGGCUGUCGUGGAGCUGCGCGAUCAGGGUGGGGAGCCAGAGCUGCGGCCGACGGGCCAGCUGUACGAACUGCACGACUGGAUCUGGGACCUGCGGUGGCUGCCGGCUGCAGACCAGCCGGCCGGGCGCCUCGCCCUGGCGCUCGGGCACAACUCCGUGGCCCUGUGCGACUACUGGGAGCGCCGGAUCCUGCGCGAGGUUCACUGCGAGGAGAAGUGCAUCCUGUAUUCCGCCUGCUUGGUGGGCCAGAGUUGGGAUGAGCUGGCACUGGUCUCCGGGACUGUCUUCAACCAGCUUGUCCUGUGGAGAAUGGAGGGUCCGACUGAUGGGAGCGGCAGGGUACGAGCGGGGAGACGCAUCAGUGGCCACAGUGGGGUCAUCUUCAGCAUUGAUUACCUGGAGCAAAAUGGCGUCCUUGCCUCGGCCUCUGACGACAGGAGCAUAAGGCUGUGGAAGGUCGGGAAUCUCCGGCGAGAGCUGGAGGACAGCGACUGCGAGACAGAGUGCCUUCUCCGGUUGUACGGGCACCAGUCGAGGGUUUGGCGGGUUCGCCUCCUGGAGGACCACAUCAUCAGCGUUGGGGAGGACUCCGCCUGCCUGGUGUGGAGCUACGGCGGGAGAGUCACCGACACCUUCCGGGGGCACAGAGGGAGUGUGAGGGCGCUGGCAGUCAGCGAGGACGGGGAGUGGGUGGCCACCGGAGGGGCGGAUUCGGGAAUCAGGCUGUGGAAAAUCGGGGAUAACAAACCGGAGGACGUGGCCGUCACUCAACUCCACUUUGGCAAGGCCGAGGACACGAGGAACCCAAGAGCUUUGUGCUCGGUCGACCCAACCCUUGUGUUGGUCAUGACUGGUGCAGGGAGCAUCUACAGCUACUGCCUGGACACCGGUGAAUGGAAGUGCCUCCUGGCAGACCCAAAUUACCAGUCCUAUGGCUUGCUAGCGGCUGACAGGCUUCCCAGCGGCACCGUUCUGUGCGUCCUGGGGAACAUCGAAGGCUGCCUGAAGGCCUUCCCGCUCUCCAAACCCGAGGGGGCGGUGGAAUGGCGGGGGCACCAGGGCAAGGUCCACAGCCUGAGCUGGGCCAGCCGAGGUGGCGGGCAAGGGCUGGACCGGGGCAACCUCUUCUCCUCGGGGACCGAGGGGGAGAUGGUGUGGUGGGAGGUGGGCUGGGCGGGGGGCCGGGUCAGCUGGGCAGCGAGGGGCCGCUUCCACCUGCCCCCCUGCAGGCACAGGUGGCACACCAGUGCCGCCUUUGUGCCAGGUACCCCGUACCUGGUGUGUGGCAACCGCAGGGGUUCGGUGCUGCUCUACCCGGCGGAGGGGGGCCCCGCUGGCGCCUGGAGGCCCAUUUCGGCGCUGCUGGGCUUGCACGGGAAGUCAGGCGUGACCUCGGUCCUGUGCCACCGGGGCCUCCUCUACAGCACCGGGCGGGACGGUUGCUACCGGCAACUGCGGGUGGAGGAGGGGGGCCGUCUGGGCCUACUGAGGAGCCAGCGAGCCUGCCGGGGCGUGGAGUGGGUGGAGCGGCUGGUGCCGGCUCCCGGCGGCACCCACCUCCUCGCCCUCGGCUUCCGCGGCAACGACUUCAUGGCGUGGUGCCCGGAGACGGAGCAGUGGCUGCUGCGGGUGCCCUGCGGUGGCGGGCACCGGUCCUGGGCCUUCAGCUCCUCAGACGGCGGGCAACACCUCUUCGCCUACAUCAAGUCGGGUGCCGUCUUCGCCUGCCGGGGGAGGCUGGUCGCCGGCGGCUCCGGACGGGUCGUCAAGGAGGCCUGGCACGGGCGGGAAAUCACCUGCGUCAGGCUUGUGGCCAGUCCUGAGGCGCACACCAGUGUGCUGGUCACUGGCAGCGAGGACACCGCCAUCAACGUCCUCGCCCUCGACCAGGCCUCAGGCCGGGUGACCAAGCUGGCCGCUAUUGGUGACCACAUCUCCAGCGUGAGGACCCUGGCCGUCGCCGGGAGCCGAAGCCGAGGCUCCCAGCCCCUGCUCCUUUCUGCCGGAGGACGGGCUGAGCUCCAGUGCUGCCGCCUCCUCUUCGGGCUCAAGGACACCGACGUCUCCCUGAGGUGCCAGGUGGAGCAUCUGGGCUCCCACAGGUUGGCUGAAGAUUGGGAGCGGAGGAAGAACAGGCACAGGAUGCUGAAGAUGGACCCAGAGACCAGGUAUAUGUCCAUUGUGGUGGUGGAUGGUGGGAUGGAUCCUGGGACGGACCCCCAUUUCUCCUGGCAUUUCCUGGGGGCAGCUUGCAGUGACGGAGCUGUGAGACUCUUCGUUAUCGAUGAGGGUGAGAAGAAGAUCCUGCUGCUUGCCGAAUCCUUCUACCACCAGCGAUGUGUGCUGAAACUACAAACAUUCACACACCAGCUGACCUCCACAGGGCGGAGGGUGUUUCUCUGCAGCGCUGCCACAGAUGGAAGGAUUGCCCUUUGGGAUAUCUCACUGAUCAUUGAGAAGGCCAAGGCUACGAAUAUUUUCCCGGAGAGAACCCACCAACCCUGGGACCUAGGGUCUCCCUGCCUGGUGUUCAAGGCCCAUCAGUGUGGAGUGAACGGUCUGGACAUCAGGCCCCUAGACGAUGGACGUUACCUCCUGGCCAGUGGCGGAGAUGACAAUGCCAUUCGUGUCUGGGUGAUCUGUGUGGUGUCUGGUAACCUUGGUGACGAUCAGUUGGUUCCGAGCACGGGCGAACAGCGGGAGGUCACAGACAUGGAGUUGAUGGGAAGCAGGAACGGUGAAGAGCGAUGGAACAACACGGCUGUGGACUCGCAGGUGGAAGACACGGGUUGGAACCACCUGGAGGUGAUCACAGAUGGCUGGAGCACAGACAAGAGGGCCGCGCUAUGGGUUCUGAAGGGGCCUUGCGUCGAGAGUGCGCAUGCUGCCCACGUCACUGGCUUGAGGAUCCUGAGCUCACGGCUGCUGGCUUCAGCUUCCAUUGACCAGCGACUGACCCACUGGGCACUAAGCAGCUGUGGUCUGAGUCUGGUGCAAAGCAGAUGGUGCCAGGUGGCGGAUAUCGCCGAGCUAGAGAUCUGGGACGGUGAUCCCCUGGGAACUCGCCUCUACGCGGUCUGUGGUGACGGGCUGCAAGUCCUGAAGAGUUGGCAAAAGGGAGAUCUUUGCGGCUUGAAGACGGACGGUGCAAAUGCUGGAAGUCCGAAAUAAAGUGCUCAAAACACUCAGCAGGUCAGGCAGCAUCUGAAGGGAGAGGAAUAGAGCUGAUGCUUCUGAGCGCUGAGACAGUGCAAAUUUACCAGUAGUCCAAAAACAAAUGCAGAUGCUGGACAUCUGAAAUCAGGCCAGGAAAUGCUGGAAAUACUCAGCAGGUCAGGCAGCUUCUGUUAAAUCUUGAUUGGUAAAGGGGUUAAGGAUUACGGGGAGAAAGUGGGAGAAUGGGGUUGAGUAAAAAAUCAGCCAUGAUUGAAUGGCAGAGCAGACUCGAUGGGCCACAUGGCCUAAUUUGGCUCCUAUAUCUUAUGGUCUUAUGAAACCAUUGCUGAUUUAAGUUCGUGUGUAAUGUAAGCUGCUGUUGAUAUUUGGUGAACUAUCAAAAGCAGUGUGCCGGUUCAUUUAGUGCUGCCUUCAGACACCUAUCGUGGUCCCACUCCAUGCUUGUUCAUGCUCCUCAUGAGGCUCUCCCCACCACUCCAUCUCUCCCCACCAACAUAUCCUUCUGAUCCCCUUUCCCUCAAGUCACUAUUGAACUGCCCAUUAAAUGCGUCCCUACUGUUCCCCUCUCUAACCUUUCUGGUAUCGAGGAUUUUAUUUUCGCCACUUUCUAGGGAUAUUUCUUCUAAUUGCUACUGGAUUUAUUUGUGAUUUUUUUUCUUAUGUUUAUUGUCCCUGCUUUGAUCCCCCGGUCAUCGAGUCUUUAUGGCACAGAAGCAGCCCAUUCUCUCGUGGUAUGCCAGGGCUGGGGCCAGAGAGCUAAAUUCAGCCAGGGCAAUAGUGGAGAUAAGAUCAGAUCUUUAUUAGUCACAUGUACGUCGAAACACACAGUGAAAUACAUCUUUUUGCGUAGAAUGUUCUGGGGGCAGCCUGCAAGUGUCGCCACACUUUUGGCACCAAUACAGCAUGCCCACAACUUCCUAACCUGUACGCGGGAAGAAACCGGAGCACCUGGAGGAAACCCACAUAGACACAGGGAGAACAUACAAACUCCUUACAGACAGCGGCCGGAUUUGAACCCGGGUUGCUGGUGCUGUAAAGCGUUACGCUAACCACUACACUACUGUGCCUGGGUUAGGCCUCUGGACCCUUGGUCAGGAUUCCUGUCCACAAUCCCUGUCAGUGGGGAAAAUGCACAGACUCAAUGCCUUCUCUGUCCGAAUAGUCGUUGAUGUUCGUCUACCUGUGCUGGCAUGCGGAAACUGGCUGUUUGGUAUGAGACGCCUUGAAAUGGUUGGCAGCCUUGUCACCUACAUACCUGGAGUCACUGGACUUUGGGAAGAGCAGGUAGCUUCACACUCCCAGGGCACAGAGUGUGUUACAUUCCAGGCAACCCACAGGUAGCAGCAUGCUGUACAAGUAGGUUAAUUCUGGGGUUCUUGUUAAAUCUCAACCUCUGCUGUUAAUGCCAUGACAUUAGAUGAGGCAUCUGACUGAAUUCCAGCCUCAUCAACAAACUUAUAUAUUUAAAGCUUUUGGGCAAUGUAUAUAAAGGGUAGAGCAUUUUUAUGUGGAGAGUAGUUAAGAUCUGGAAUACAUUGCCAGUAGGGGUGGUGGAAACAGUUCAUUGGGGCUCUCAGGUAGGCAACUUGUAGAGCUGUGGGAGUAUGGGACUGGUAGCAUUGCUCUGAGCUGCCAGAGGAAGUGGUUGAGGCAGGUACAGUAACAACAUUUAAUAGACACCUGGGCAGGUACAUGGGUUGGAAAGGUUUAGAGGGAUAUGGGCCAAAUGCGAGCAAAUGGGACUAGCUUAGAUGGGUGGCUUUGGUCGGCAUGGACCAGUUGGGCUGAAGGGCCAGUUUCCAUGCUGUAUGACUCUACCAGUAGCCAGCAUUGAUUCGAUUGGCUGAUGAUUCUAAUAAGUGGAGGAAAGACCCAAUCAAAGAUAAAACUCUCAAGUCACAGCUGAAACAUGCAAACACUGCAGACCCUGACCCGCACCCUGGAACUCUGCUCCCCCUGUCACACCCAGCCCACUGUCUGGACCCUGGCUCUGGCUACAAACUGAUCCACGUUCCUGACCCACAGUGUUCCGGACCCUGGCUCUGACCACACACUCAGUAAUGCACGCCUGACCUUGUGUGUACACGGAUCCAUGGAUAACGAGCCUUAGUGGACUAAUGAGUGAGCCUGAUGCUGAACCAUUGGGAUUUCGGAGCAAUUGGAUACCAGAUAAUCGGAGUUUUACUGUAUCUGAUAAUUGUCACAUUGACAUUUGUGUGAGCUUGCUGUGCACAUAUUGGCUGUCACACUUUUAAAACCUUUAUUGUCUGUAAAGUACUUUAAAACCUGCAAGAAUUGCCUUGUUGUCAUUUUGAACCUCGGUUAUUGCAGGAAACGGCAGGCGGUUUUUUCUUACCAAAGUUGGUGUCAUUGAUUGGGUCCUCAGCAGGACUUGACAGACAAGUGUUUACACUGGGAAAGGCCAUGAUCAAAUAUUUAAUGUUGAACGUUGACACGACAGCACUUAAGUGUCUAGACGAGCACUUAAAUCGACCAGGCAUAGAAGGCGAUGGCCAAGAGCUGGAAGAUGGGAUUAAUUUGGAUGGGUGUCCAUUAGCUAGCAUGGACAUGGUGGGCCAAAUGGCCUGUUUCCCUGCUGCAUGGUCAUGAA